AUGGCGACCACCUUAUCUACCUCCACCGUCGAGCUGCAGAGCUUCCAGCGACCUACUUCGCCGAAGGAAGCCAGGCUUCUCAACACCGAAGGCCACCGGCUCGGGUCCAACGAGGAUGAGACUGGCGGUCUUCCGGCGCCAACGACCACCACCACUGUCGUUCAGAAAUGGAACUAUCCGAGGUCAAACGCAAACAGAGUGCUGUCCUGUUUCUGGAGUUUGUUUACUUCGGGUGCAAACGACGCUGCCUACGGCGGCAUAAACUCACUGCUACAGCUCGAAUCCUACUAUGGCCUAGACUAUAUCGUCGUUUCCCUCGUUUUCCUCUCCCCCUUCAUAGGUUACGUUGGCUCCGCGCUUCUUAACAACUGGAUACAUAACAAAGCCGGCCAGCGCGGCGUCGCUAUUAUCGCUUCGUCAUGCCACCUUGCUGCCUACGUUGUCAUCUCUCAGCACCCUCCCUAUCCGGUUCUGGUUAUUGUGUACAUCCUGGCAGGUUUCGGUAACGGCAUCAGCGAUGCCGCGUGGAACGCUUAUAUCGGCAACAUGGACCGCGCGAACGAAGUCCUCGGCUUUCUGCACGCUGCCUACGGGGCAGGAGGGGUGAUGAGUCCGCUUGUUGCCACGACGAUGAUCACCAAGGGAAAUUUAGGCUGGUGGAACUUUUACUAUGUCAUGCUCGGAAUGGCCGUCGUCGAGCUCGUUUGGUGCACAUCUGCCUUCUGGAAACAGACAGGCGCUGCGUACCGUGAGUCGGUGAGCCAAUCCAGCAGUGACAACGCCGGCGGCAUGCGAGUCGCGCUCUUCAAGCGCCCAUAUGCCCGCGUAUCGUGGCUUUGCGCCUUCUUUCUUCUCGCCUACGUUGGUACAGAGGUCUCUCUGGGAGGCUGGAUUGUGCAGUUCAUGAUUCAAGUUCGCAAAGCCAACAGGUUCGACUCCGGUAUGACAUCCGUCGGUUUCUGGCUGGGCAUUACUGUCGGUCGAGUCGUUCUCGGCUUCGUCACGCCGAGACUGGGAGUUAAGCUUGCCGUUUCCAUCUAUAUCCCCAUUACUAUGGGUCUUGAACUGCUCUUCUGGCUGGUGCCGCAAUUUUAUGUCUCUGCGGUGGCGGUAUCGCUCCAGGGUUUCUUCCUUGGACCGUUCUUUCCAGCUGUCGUUGUCGCGGCGACGAAAUUGCUUCCAAGGCAUUUGCACGUCAGCACGAUUGGGUUCGCGGCCGCGUUUGGUGGGAGUGGCGCAGCUAUCCUGCCGUUUGCCGUUGGUGCGCUUGCUCAAGCCAAGGGUGUGCAGGUUCUGCAGCCCAUCAUCCUGGCUUUCCUAGGUGUUAUGCUUAUUUUGUGGCUUUGCUUGCCGAAAAUUGGGCACAAGGAGGAGUAA